UCCUCUUCUCGGAGUCUCAGGGCUGCUGACUCAGCCGGAGGGAAAACUCAAAGGGCGCUCCGCCGCCCGGCUUGCCCGCCUCCCCGGGGAUGUUGCCCGGGAGCCCGCUCUGUUCGCAGCUCUUGUCCGAAGCCGCCUGGCUCUGAAGGGGACGCGCGAAGCGGUCGCGGGAGACUUUUCCCGCCAGCGCCGGGGACAAAGCGGAGCGAAGUUGCCCUCGGGUUUUCUCCUCGUCCUCCGCCGGGAACCCCAGUCACCAUGACAGCCAUAGCAGCGCAGACCCAGUGGUUACUUGCACGUAGAAGACCGAAGAAAUCAUUCUUUGAGACCUUUAUCAGGAGCUUAAUUAUCCUCUGUGUUGCAAUUGCCAUUGUUCUGUUGUCCAUUGCGGUAUGUGAUGGCCAUUGGCUUUUUACAAAAGGAAAACUCUUUGGUCUUUGGCAUUUCUGUACCCUUGGAAGCAACAGCACCUUGAAAUGCACCACUGAUCUCUCUGUGACCAACAUCAGAGGGAUAAGCAUAGGAAUGACUUUUAUUAGAAGUAUGGUGUCCUUUGCCGUUGUUCUUGCCAUCUUUGGCCUGGAACUUCUCAUGAUCUCUCAAGUCUGCGAAGACAUCAACUCAAGGAGAAAAUGGUCCAUGGGCUCAGUCCUCAUUCUUGUCUCAUUUCUACUGUCAUCGGCUGGAAUGGUGAGCUUCUUAAUCCUUCUGAGAGACUACAUCACGAUCACAAGUUUUACGUUAACCUACUGGUGUGAAUUUAUUGCAACGUUCCUUUUCUUCCUUAAUGGAAUCAGUGGACUUCACCUUAACAACCUAACUUUUCCAUGGAACAGAGUGAGAAAAAAUUAAACACAAUGAACCAAAUAUCCUGAGAAUAUAUUGCGGCUCAUUAACAUUCAAGAAAGACAACAAGAGGGUUGUUUUUGAGGAGAAUUGUUUAGUUUGAUUUUUUGUUGGAGCAUAAGGUAAAGGAUUUCCAACAACUUGCUACUUUCUAGAUGAUGUCUCCAAAUUAAGUUGAUAAUGGAUGCUAAGUACUGGAAAUGGGAAAUUAUAACCUGUUGGGACUUUAAAUAAUGCAUCUAACCAUAGUAAUGGAAUAGCAAAAAGUAACUUGCUUACUUUAAAACUCAGUUCAUAAGCCUCAACAUCCUUAAUCCAGUUACAAUCAUUAUCUUUUAAGUGUCUCACUGAAAUGAAUAACACAACCAAUCACAUUACUUUUCUUUGAGUUGGGUGGGAACCAAAUUCCAUAAACCAAGUAGAAUAUGUCUUACUUAAUAUGUGCUGUGUGGAUGGGUUUUGUGCAUUUUCAUGAUUGUGUUCUUCAUAUCAAUAAAUUGUAUCACCAGAAAUAUUUGUACUAUGCAGGACAUAGGGCAGUACCAGCUAGAACUUCUAAUAAACACAAAUAAUUUGCUUUUUCACAUUGUCAUAUAUAAACCACGGUUAAAAUUUAGGCUUUUAUCAUAUAUUCUUUGGCAAAUAUGUGAUUUAUAAACCAGGCCAGUACUGUGUGCAUUUUCUACCAAAGUAAGAACCUUUAUUGAUGAGAAGCAAGCGAGCCAACCAAUAUCUUUUAAAAAGAGGCCUGUGCUAUUACAAUUUAAUGAAUGAUAGUAGAGAGUCUGCAUUUUCCUGAGAGCUAGAAAUAAUUUUUCAUAGAGACAACUAAACUCUGUGUAUUUCUAACCAGAGAGUUUGUAACACAAAAUGCCCAGUUCAAUUUACAUCCUGCUUUUCAAAAUUACAGAAAAAUAAGUUUUUAUCCUUCUAAAAAGUACAUUCUUAGCUAAGAAUAUAGGGUCACCCCAUUAUCAUAGAAAGCAUUUACUUGCACAUACAUAGUGGUAAAAGUGGAAGGAGGCUCCUAUACUCCUAUAGCUUAUAAUAUGAUUUCAAUCCUAAGACUUCCCUAUGGUAUGAAUAAAAUAAAUGGUAAAUCAGAUUUGGUAUAAGUUUAGAGCAUUAAUUCUCUCUUGUUCAGUAAUAACUUGGUGUCCUUUGUGUUUAUUUCACAAUAUUUUACUGCAACAAUAAGUUUCAUAAACUCGGGACAGUUGAUACCAUUUUUAAAAUUGUAAAUGUUUGACCUUGUGAACUUUCUACUUCUAAAUAUCCUACAUUAUUAAUCCAAAUUGUUCAACAACAACAAAAGUCAGUAGCCUAAGAAAUGCACAGAUAAGAUGUCAAAUUGCCUAUGGAAACACUGUACUGAACCAUCAUUUUUGAGAGAACAAGUGGUGAUAUUUCAAUAAAGCUGCAUGCUUAAUUGAAUUCUAGGUUGUCUAAUCCUUAUUUAUAUUUGUGUCUUUACAGCUAACUGUAAGACUAUUUAGGAAUGCCCUAAUUAUUCUACUAAGUUUUUUUAAAAAUCUUUGUAGAAGUUUCCAGGCCAUUUACUUGAAAAUAAAGAGCCGGUAUACUGGUAGUCUAGACAAGCUUUCGCAAAUCUGGUGGGGUCAUCUUAAAUGCCUAACCCCAACCAAUAUUGCAUAGACUGCUUUGGGCAAUGGGAGUUGUAGUGCAAUAUAUUAAAAAGGACCCCAAGUAGAAAAAGUGCUUAAUAAUUAACUAGGUAGGCUAUGAUAGAAUCAAUAGAUUCACAAUCCAUCAUAUACUUUUAUAUCUUUACCAUGACCAAAAAAAGAUACUUCCAUUCAUUGUCCUUAGGAAGAUCUUGGUGUGUCAUUCAAUUUGCAUUUUUAUUAUUACCUCUUAAGGUUUUGCACAGUUGAAGAACACAAUACAUUAUACAGUGAAAUAUCUCCAGAUCUUUCUCAGGGUGAGGGAUGACCUGCAAUUAGCAAAUCAUAUCUAUAAAUCAAAUUGUAUGAACUUGAAGAAAGAUAGAUUUCCUUGAUUGGAAUUUCGAAGUUUUCAUGUUGAGAAUGUUUUGUAAAAUCUGUAGUAUUUCCCCCCAGUUUAGGGUAUUAAUUCUCUAUUACUGCCUAUCUAGAAGUCCAUUACCUUACUGAUUUCCCAGCUAUCUGGUGAAGAAGUUUGAAAUCUUAUUGAAAAAAAAGAAUGUGCUAAAGAACUGAACCCAAAUCUCUGUGGACGUAUCAAAAUGGCUGGCCUUUACUACAACAAAUGUGGAAUUCUUCCAGAUUUCUUGCAUGAUAUACUGCCAGUGUCUGUCUUUGCUAUUGUAUUGUUUAAUUUUUUGCAUAGAUUAUCCCAACUUUUGCCUGGAAUUUCAGCUCAUGUUCAGAAGGUGGAACAUUCUCUUCUCAUGGGCUAAAUGAAUGAACAUCAUCUUUGCUUUUCAAAAAUGAUGGUUCUGAUUAAAUUAGGCCUUCAAAACUAUCUAGCUGCAGUACAUUAGAGAUCAGUUUUGAGCUAAUGCUCUAAAAGAGUUGUAAACAUUAAUUACUGUUGACUCUUUUUUUAUUCCAUUAAAGGCCAUUUGCCAGUAAACGCCAGAGAAUGUUUGUUUUGGAUGAUCUUUAUUGUUAACAAUUGUUUCACUAAGUAAGUUAUAACAUGUAAGCUUUUCUAAACUUUAAUAAUUAUUGUUUUACUAAGUAAGUUGUAACAUUGUGGGCUUUUCUAAACUCUUUUCUACAAACUAUAAAAGGAAAUUGGAAGAUGACUAGGAUCAGAAUGUCAAAUGUUCAAUAAAUUACUUUUUUGAAUGGAUAAUUCUAGUCACUUUUAAGUGUCACAGCUGGGAGACUUACAGCAAAUGCAUGUGAUUAUAUAUGCACACAUAUACCUGUACAUUCCAGUAUUUGCACUAAAUGAUGAAAUGAGAAAAGGAACUGGAAAAGAUUCUCACAGAAAUCAGAAUUUGAUCUUUUAAAAACUUUGCAAAAUAGGUUUAAACUGAUAAUGUAUUUGCUGCAAAAACCUACCAAAAUUGAAAAGGGGAGGUAACUUAAGAAUUUGAAAGAGAGAUUCAUUAGAUAAUGUGCAGAAAUGAGAUGCAAUAUGUUUGGUCAUUAGACAAUUAGGAUUAAAACACUCCCGAAUGUAUUUAUCCAAAGUGUGACCUGACUUCUCUAAACCUAGAAUGACUAGAU